CUCUCUCUCUAUAAAAGCCCACCUUUCUCUGGAAUCCUCUCUCUCUACGUAAAUUCACGGCGCUCUGUUUCUCUCUCCACGUAUAUUCUCUCUCUAGAAAGAGGAAUAAUUAGGUAUGGGUUUGAAGGCAGCAACAGCAGUCCUGUUGGUGGCCACGGUUUGCAGGCUGUUGGCCUGUGCAUUUGCUCAGACGAGCUGCACAACCGCUAUAAUAAGCCUCUCUCCAUGCCUCAAUUACAUUUCCGGAAACUCUUCGACUCCGGCGCCCACCUGCUGCUCUCAAUUGGCCAACGUUGUGAGCACUCAGCCACGGUGCCUGUGCACGAUACUCGGAGGCGGCGGCUCUCUCGGGAUCACCAUUAACCAGACCAAAGCCUUGGAGCUCCCCGGUGCUUGCAACGUCCAGACGCCGCCUGUCAGCACGUGCAACUCACCUGGGGGAGCACCUUCGGAGUCGCCUGCCGGGUCUCCUGAAGGAUCGGUCGAGCCAGUUCCAGUUCCUGGAGGUAAAGGGGCUAACACCCCACCUGCAGUUAGUGGAGCAGGAUCCAUUGGAGUCCUAAGGAACACACCACCUUCUCUCCUCUUCCUUGUCUUGCUUCUUUGUAACCAACAUGCACACCUCUUCUAAGUUGUUAUUCACCACAGCUGUUCAUAACUUUUGAGUAUUAUGUGAUUUUCCUUUUUUCCUAUUUUUUUAAUUUGGGGUGUGGGAUGUGUGAUUUGUUCCUUUGUUUCUGUUUUCCUGUGUUAUGGAGUUAUGGUGCGUAAGGAUUAUUGUAUGUUUACAUAUACACAUAUAUGGAGACAUUUGUUAUUUGUUUGAUUUGAGGUAUUAAAACUUUAGUGAA